GGGAGUUGCCUGGAAGCGUCAAUGAACGAGGAGGUUCUUGACUGCGCUGCAUUGUCGGCGAAUAAAAAAAAAAAGAAAAAAAAAGAAAGAGGAGUUACUCCAAAACGUCGGUGAACCCUCUGCCGCCGACGUUGAAGGAGAACCGCGGAGGCCGGCGCAUUUCGCGAAGGAGGAAAAACGAUGACGGGAUUUCCGUGCAGUGACCGCGGCGACGGCUGGGUGCCGCAAGCCAGCCAGCUCGCCAGCACUCCCUCCCCCUCCCGGUAUUACCCGCGCCUUGAAGGAGAAUGCGUCACACGAGUGAAACAACCGUCGUGAUUUAUUAGGAAACUUUGAGCGGUGACGCUUGGCGCAAUGCCUCCCCUCUUCCCGCACAUCGAGUUUGUGGGCAAGGAGGCUCGCUCGGGUGUUUGCUCUGUCGUCUACGCGCUGGCUCCGGCGCGGCAGACGAAUUGCGUACCGUCGACCGCGCUGGAUCGCCACUCAAUCCUCUGCUUUGGACGAAAGCCAAGGAAAAGGAAACGGUGCACAAGGAGGUGCGAGCCGUGCCCAAGAAGAAGAAAGUGCAGGAGAAGAAACGUGACAUAAAGACCCAGUACUUACAUCCGUGGCUCAUGACGACCCUAAAGGGACACAGCGGCUCCAUACUUGACCUGGACUUCAACGCCAACGGGAAAUAUCUGGCUACAUCGGCUGAUGGUCGCUCCUCUCAGCGUGCCGUCCAGGGCCACAACAACUGGCACAAGUCCUCCUCCGUCGGAGGACGCACGACCACGACGGCUCCCCGGGGUCCUCCGAGCCCGCUGGAGGGCGCCUGGCGCCUUCCCCUGUGCGCCGACGACCUGUACCACCAGCUGCUGCGCUACAGGCUGACGCCUCAGGAACUGUACCGCUGCGGCUACCCGCGGCCGUGCCCCGACGAGCCCGGCCGCGCCGUGUGGCUGCAAGCGGACGCCGCGUCGGCCGACUCGAGCCGCAAGACCUGUUGCCGCUGCGGCUCGUCGUUCGUCAUCACGCCCGGCGGCGAGUACUACGCCAACGACCUGUGCACCUUCCACACGGGCCGCCGCGGCGUCGCCGAGUUCACGUGCUGCGGCGCCACGGGCGACGAGCCCGGCUGCGAGCACUCCGACUACCACGUGUGCGCGCAGGGGGCGCGCGGCGAGCGAGACGCGCCGGCGCGGGGGUUUGUGCGCACGCGUCCGCGGCACGGUGUCGCCGGCGGCGUGUACGCGCUCGACUGCGAGAUGUGCUUCACCAUCCGGGGACUCGAGGUGGCCAAGGUGAGCGUGGUCGGCUCGAACGGCGCCACCGUGUACGACUCGUACGUGCGGCCGGGCAGCCCCGUGCUCGACUACAACACGGCGUUCAGCGGCGUUCACGGCCGACCACCUGCGAAACGUGCGCACCACGCUGCAGGACGUGCAGGCCGUGCUCCUGCGCCUGUUCACCGCCUCGACGGUGCUCGUCGGCCACGGCCUCGAGAACGACCUGCGCGGCCUCAAGAUCCUGCACGACACCGUGGUCGACACGGCCGUCGUGUUCCCGCACCACCGGGGCCUGCCGUUCCGUCGCUCGCUGCGCUCGCUGGUCGGCGCGUACCUGAACCGGGACGUCCAGGACGGGCCGCGAGGACACGACAGUGUCGAGGACGCGCGGGCCUGCAUGGAGCUCAUGCUGUGGAAGGCCGGCCGGGACCAGAAGCUGCGCGAGCGACGGAGCCGCGGCGCCGGCGGGCGCCUCAUGCAGCCGUCGCUCUAGUGGUGUCUUUCUUCGUCGUUGUUGUGCUGCGCGCGCGCGUGUGAGUGAGUGAACUAGAAGAAAAAAAAAGUGUGAUGUGGAGGAUUAAGGAACGACGCUCGUGCGCGGGCUCUCUCGCUCUCUCUCAUCCAGACCUGCUAUCUCUCUCUCUAUGAAGAACGAAAAAAACAAAAAUGAAUUCGUGCUGCCGCCGGCGACACCAACGCACACUGCCAUGAUGUGACAUCUGCUCCUAAAACCGGAACGAUCCUCUCGACGGCCCGUUCUUGCUCCUCUUCCGCACGCGCCCGGCUGGUCUGUGUGUUGCCCGUGAGAAAAAAAAAAAAAAGAUAAGAAUGUGCCACGCGAGGACCGGACCAUUGAGAGGAGCGGUGCCACCGAACCACGGUUGUGAAAAAUGUGUCACUGUCCGGACUCUUUUUUUUUUUUUAAGUAUUUUUUUUUUCGGACUUGUUGGGGGACAAUUAUUGUGUCUCAUUGUAGGUGGACGCUGUUUGGGAAGACGCCGUUGUUCUUGUUUGCCGCCCUUUUGUUUUUUAUUCGUACAAAGUAAAAAAAAAAAGUGUCUUUCCGACUCAGGAAGAAAGGGGGGCGUCUUUCCAAAAAAGAAAAAAAAAUAUAGAGGAGGGGACGGAAGAAGCCGGGACGAGCCGACAAGACCGCGCAUCGACCAUCUUGUACAGUCUUUUAUUUAUUGUCACGUGCCCAUCGUCAUGCUGUCAUUUUACACGUGCGGCUGGGUCUCGUGCAGCUUGCGGAUCUUAAUUUAUUGAUAUGUCCGUUUUUUGUAUGUUUUUUUUUUUACUGCCAUUAAAAGGAAAUGUUUUUUCCUCGGCGACAAAUGGAUAUUUUCCACGUGAA